CAGCGGUUUACCUGUGUAAGAGAACAAUGCAAAACAAGGCCAGGCUGGAGCUGGCAGACUACGAAGCUGAGAGCCUGGCCAGGCUGCAGAGAGCCUUUGCCCGGAAGUGGGAGUUCAUUUUCAUGCAAGCAGAAGCACAAGCUAAAGUGGACAAGAAGAGGGACAAGAUCGAAAGGAAGAUCCUUGACAGCCAAGAGAGGGCGUUCUGGGACGUUCACAGGCCUGUGGUGAGCACGCGCCCCUGCUGCUGUCUGCAGCAACUGGCUCAGCCUUUGCAAAGUAUGGGGCCAUGUGGCGACCCCAUCCCUCGUCCCAAAGCCUUGGUGAAUUCCUUAAGAAAAGAUUGCCACUUUUGUGUAAGAUGAGCAGAGUUCCAUCACAUAAUAUUUAAUUUAUAAACCUACACAUUUUUCCACCAUGGCAUCACUUGCUUACUCAUGGUUGGCAUUUGAUGGGUUGAUACUUUUAUACCCUUGUAAGAAAUAGGAUCGCAGCAAAACAGCUU